AUGUCGAGUGAGCAAACAAUUCGUGAAGAAAUUUCGCAGAGUACAUCAACGGACCAAGGCAACGUCGAACCAACGGUCCGUAUGCAUGAAGAGAGCGGAGACAAUUUUGUCAAUUUGCUGCCGACUCUAAAGCGGUGUGUGGACGGCCUUUGCAGGACAAUUGAGAAUGGUUCAAGAGGGGCGCAUCGUUACUACUUGAAAGACAACGCAAGGAUCCAAGUUAUCUCCUUUCUUCUCGAUAAUGGACCACUUCUCAAUAUUUUGGCUGAAGUCAACCCGACUGUUGAAGACAUUUGUAAUCGUCUAAGAGCGUAUGAGAAAAAGAAGACCUACGUUCCAAGCCGAAGAUGCAGAGGUGGAAGGUAUAAAGUUUGCUAUGACAGUUGCAUUGGCCAAAUUGGUUACCUGAACAGAACCUUAUGCGCUUAUGAUCAAUUUGCGGCGAAACUAAAAAAUGGUCAGAGGACUAUACUGUCUGCUUCGUCUACCUUCCACGCCAAGAAUGCUUUCCUGAUGUUUUGCUUCAAAUAUGUACGGGAGAUUCAUGCUAUUACUCCUUAUCAUGAGUCAGCACGGUUCGCUAUACGUGCUUGUCGUCGACUGAGGAGAGAAUGGACUGACAAUGCACUCAACGAAAACAUAAGGCCUGAUGUGUCGGUAACUUUGCAUUUGGAACAUUACUUGCAAAUCAGAAGAAAAACAAUUAAAAUUCAUUAA